AUGUCCUGGUCCAGAAAAGUAACAUUUUAUACUCUACUUUCCUUCACCAGAUCGGUCAUAAAACACGCUGAACUUUUCUCCAAAGCCGCGGAAACUUACUUCUACAUCUUCUCUUACGAUGGUCAAAUGGGAGGUGGAAACGCGCACUAUGAUGGUGCUGAAGGUGUAGGACAUGGCGAAGAAAUAGGUUAUUUGUUCUGCAGUGGAGAUGGAUGUAAUGGUAAUAAUUUCCCAGAAGCUGAUAGAGUGAUGAGACAGCGUCUUAUCAAAUUGUGGACCGAUUUUGCUAAAUAUCGAAACCCAACUCCAGAAGUAUCAGAAUUACUGCAAAAUAUUAUAUGGCCUGCAGUCUCAACAGAUAAUGGAGAUCUUUAUUACGUUGAUAUUAACGAAAACUUAGAAAUUAAAAAUCAUCCGAAAGAAGCUACUUAUGGUGCUUGGGUUGAACUUUACAAUAGCUUGGUCUAUGAUGAUUUCGACACCUACUAAGUGCAAACACUUUUCCUAAAAUUUUGUUUAGUUAUCAACACAGUUAAUGAAAUAAAUAAGAUAAAAGUAGCCAUACAUAAUUGUACAAAAAUUAACUUUACUUAAACUGUAACGUUAUUAUAAGAAAAGUAAUUAUAAUAUUGACGAUACUAAAAAUAGUGGAUCUGCUAAUAUGGAAAAACCUUGCUGCCGAAAACUCGGGAAGAUUAUUUUCCAAGAAACAAGUCAUCUUUUCCAAGUCUCUACUUUCCUUCAACACCGUUCCCCGAAAAUUAAUCGCAAUCUGUAAAGUUUCCCUUGCUUCCAAUAAAACA